CUUGUAACUAACUGUACUCUAUAGUUUCAAGACUGGAGUAGAUCAAGGUUUAAUGUUCUCCUAUCCUAGGGUGUAGUUGGAUAUAGUUUCAAGACUGGAGUAGAGUAAGGUUUAAUGUUCUCCUAUCCUAGGGUGUAGUUGGAUAUAGUUUCAAGACUGGAGUAGAGUAAGGUUUAAUGUUCUCCUAUCCUAGGGUGUAGUUGGAUAUAGUUUCAAGACUGGAGUAGAGUAAGGUUUAAUGUUCUCCUAUCCUAGAAUGUAGUUUGAUAAAGUUUCAAGACUGGAGUAGAGCAAGGUUUAAUGUUCUCCUAUCCUAGGGUGUAGUUAGAUACAGUUUCAAGACUGGAGUAGAGCAAGGUUUAAUGUUCUCCUAUGCUAGGUUGUAGUUGGAUAUAGUUUCAAGACUGAAGUCCAGGAAUCAAUGGUUGAUGUUCUCCUGGUGUUCUAUGCUCCCUGGUGUUACCAUUGUACAGCUCUCAUGCCAGUGCUAACAAAGCUAGCCAAGACCUUGGAAGAGGAGGAUAUUUCAAUAGUAAAAUAUGAUGCAACUGUAAAUGAUGUUCCAAAACUUUUUCCAUUAGAUGGAUUUCCAACUAUUUAUCUAAUAAGAAAGGACGAGAAAAUGACCCCAGUUUUGUUUAAUGAACGCCGGAACUAUGAUAACCUUCUCAAAUUUAUUACUGAGAAUUCAACUCUAAAUCUGAAAAGUAAAAACAGAAAGAACAAGGAACCAGAAAAUAGAAAGGAAAAGGAAAUACUCAGUGAUAAGGAUGAACUUUGAAAGAAGCAGUUGGUCGAUGGAAAUCUAUCACCAUUAUAAUAAGCAAUAUUUUGCCUACCCCUGUAUUUUCUUUUUAAAUCAGCAAUACUUUGGAGGAAAUUUGAUUUUAGGCCGCAAGAAUACUGUGUGUGUGAUAUAUAAUUCAGGUUCUAUUGUAUCUGAUUUAUGAAAUUUAGAUUAUGUUUUUUUUUCUACCAGUUAUACGCUUCGUACAUGUUUUUAGAUUGAAUUAUUCCGUACUUUAUAUUCUUAAUGUUACGUCACUACAUCAUUAUAAAAGCAAUCUUUUUUCCUGUAACAUGCACUGUGUUUGUUAAGAAAAAUAAAUAUUUUUCAUGUAAGCAAGCGUAUCUCUUUCAUAUCUGUGGCGAAAACACGUUUAUAGUUAGUACAGGGUGUCCAACAUCAUAUUAGAUCGCUUAUAGAGCUUUAAAUUGCGAUUUUGGGACAAAAAGAAAAUUUUAACCAUUUUAAAAAAUUGUAUAAUGCUAAUAUAUCAAUUUGUAUGCAUAUACUAGGUUUUUCGAGUAUUAUAUGCGUAUUUUGGUGUAAAAGCUUAGAGAUAAUCCAAUAUGACAUGGAACACUCGUAGAUACAGGGUGUCCCAGGAAACAUGACAGUUGGU